GAUGAACACUGAUAAAAUCUCUACUGACAGAAGCAUCAACAUCUUCUACUGUCUGGUGGAGAUGAACGACGUCUCAUUUUAUCAGGAGAUCCAACGGCUGCUAGAUUCAGGGAAGCAGCUCUCAGUGACUGAUUGUUCAGCUCUGGCCUUCAUGCUGCAGAUGUCAGAGGUUCUGGAUGAGUUGGACCUGGAGAAGUACAACACAUCACCAGAUGGACGACAGAGACUGUUUCCAGCUGUGAGGAACUGCAGAAAGGCUCGACUUGGUGGCUGUUCGCUCCGAAAGGCUGAAUGUGAAGUUUUGGCCUCGGCUCUGAAGUCCAACCCAGAUCUGACUGAACUGGAAAUAAGUCGGAUCAACAUAGAUGGAGGUGGAGACUCUGAUCUGAAGCCUCUGGUUGAGAUCCUGGAGAGUUCAGUCAGUAAAGUGAAGAAUCUGAGCUUGUUUAAAAGCAGUUUGUCAGAGACCAGCUGGACUUCUCUGUUCUCAGCUCUGAAGUCCAAACGGACCCAUCUGACAAAACUGGAGCUGUACGACACCAACCUGGGAGAUUCUGGAGUGAAGAAGCUCUGUGGUUUUCUACAGACUGAAGGCUGCAGACUGGAGAUAUUGAGAUUGCAGUUCUGCAGUUUGUCAGAGACCAGCUGUGAUUAUUUGGCCUCAACUCUGAAGUCCAACCCGACCCGUCUGACAUAUCUGGACCUGAGAUACAACAACCUGAAGGAUUCAGAUGUUCAGCAGCUGAAGAACCUUAUAAAGACUGUUCAGUUCUGGCCUGUGUGAAGUAGAGAAUGGUCUCAGUGUCCUGCUGAUCCUCAG